CACAGGGAUCAUUUCUUAAGCUCCUUCUUCUCUCUCUCUCUGUAUCGGAGAAAUCAUUGCUCCAACGCUGAUUGGGAAUAUUUUGGCGGUCUUGAUCGAGGAUUUGGAGAACUUUGGCGACGCUGGCGGCGAUUGAAGAAUUAGAAGCUUACCGUAUCGGAAAAACCUUGCGCUGGCAAAUUUAAGAUCAGCAACGCUUGAAAUUUGCAAUAGAAGUCGACCAUCCUGCAGAUUGGCGUACAUCACUUGGGGUUUGAGUUUCAAUUUUACAGACCCUUUGUAUGCAAUUCGCAAUUUAGAUCGUAUUUUGAUCAUAUUGAUCCUCUUGUAUACUAUUGUGUACGAUUGAAUUAGCAAUUUCUGUCUCUUGUUCGUAUAUUCUUUCAUUACUAUUCAAUUCAAUGCCAAUAUAUUUUAAAUUUCUCAGUACCAAAGAGUAUGAUUCCAUCCCUGUGGAUGCCUCUGUUAUUUCCGUCUAUGAUUUAAAACGGAAAAUUUUUGAAUAUAAGUAUAAAUCUUAUAAGACUGAUUCUAAUGGGCUGUGUUUGGGUACUGAUUUGGAUCUUUUGGUCAUUAAUUCCCAGACUAAUGAUUGUUAUGUUGAUGAUAUGUUGAUUCCUAAUAACACUAGUGUCUUGAUUCGCCGUGUUCCUGGAACGCGUCGUCGCAAGCCUUAUGACACUGCAACUGUUGUUGUUAUUGAAAAGCAACAGCCACUUGGUGUCUCUUGUCGUACAGAUUCUAGUUCGUUUAAUGCUAGCUCUGAAACCGUUGUUACUGCCUCAUUCGGAAGCAACUCUGAAAAUACUGGUGUUAGUUCUGUGUCCGCAAGUACUCUUACCAGUUUGUCCUCAAAAAAAUGUAGUGAAGAAUCUAAUUUUGAUUAUGGUGAUGGGUUUGGGGAUGACGUUUAUGCGAUUCCUAGAAUGAAGCCAGUUCAGUCUAGCAUGUCAAUUGUAGAUGCAGAAUCCGAUGUGGACAGCAAGAUUAAGGGUUUAGUCAAUACUCCAGCCUUGGACUGGCAGCUUGAAGGUUCUGAUGGUGCGGGUUCUGGGACUCGAGGUUUUGGAAGAAUGUAUGGUCAUGGUUUUGGUGGAUUAGGGAAGAAAACUCCUCCAGAGGGGUAUAUAUGUCACAGGUGCAAUGUACCUGGACAUUUUAUUCAGCAUUGCCCAACAAAUGGAGAUCCAAAUUAUGAUAUGAGGAGAGUGAGGCCUCCUACUGGUAUUCCCAAGUCGAUGCUGAUGCCAAACCCAGAUGGCUCUUAUGCGUUGCCAAGUGGUGCAACAGCUGUUUUGCGGCCAAACGAUGGUUCUUUUGAGAAGGAAAUUGUUGGCUGCGUCCCUCCAAAGAGAUCCUGGUCUGUUAGUGAUCUUCCACCAGAACUUCUCUGCCCCUUGUGCAAGCAAGUAAUGAAAGAUGCUGUAUUGACUAGCAAAUGCUGUUUCAAGAGCUUUUGUGAUAAAUGUAUUAGAGACCAUCUUAUCAUCUGUAAAUUGAAGUGUGCAUGUGGAGCAACAAAUGUCCUUGCUGAUUAUCUGAUCCCAAACAUGACACUCAGGGAUACAAUUAAUCGCUUUUUGGAGUCUUGCUCUGGUAAUAGCAGCAUUGGAGAAAACGGCAAAAGCAACUCUUUACAAGUUAGCAAUAGGGAAUCAGCUAAUUGGUCACAAAAUCAGAUGUCUAAGACAAAACUACCUGCAGAAUCAUUUCAUGAUGAGCAGAAGACAACACCUGAUAAUUUAGAAGAUGGGGCAAAUAAAAGGAAGCUUCUUGAUGCUCCAUCCCAGAUGGCUAAAAAAUCUAGAACUAUAAAAGUAUCUGAAGGCACGAUUGGAUGAAUGAGAAUGAAGGAUACAGCAUCACAAUCACAAGGAAGUGUUUUGGUGGUUGAGGAAGAAGUGCAGGCAAAGGUGGUCUCUAGCGAGGGAGGAAAGGGAAAGAAAGCUAAGGAAAUGAUUAAAGAUGAAGUUCAGCAAGAGUUGGUUUCAGUCAAGGGAGGAAAGAAAAAUUAUGAAAAUGAGUGUGAAGGCUACUUGAUUUCUGUUGGAUCUUAUGCAUAAAAUCCUUAUGGGGCUGGUGUGCUAGUGGGAAUGGAAGGAUAUAUGGGACCUUGUUAUGCUGCUGGUGCAAUGAAUCCCUUAGGCACAGCAUUCAAUGGAGUGAUGAAUGAAGCCUCUUUCAGUAUGCAGCGAGUGGGUCGCAGGCAAUGAAGCUGUUAGUGCAGAGUUCAGACAAUGAGUAACCGCAAUCAUUCUUCUUCUCUAGUUUCAUUUAGGGCCAUAUAUAUAUAAUUAGGUAGUAGAAUUCCAACACUGAUGAAGUAAAUUGCCUAAGGUCGAGUGGGCGAACAUGGAUAUAGUUUGGUCAAACGUAGACUAGACCUGUAAAUUUUAAUUGCUGGUUUGAUAUUUUAAUAAAGUUCCCAUUAUUUCCAAGUAA